AUGGCUGCGAGUCCUUCGGGGGGUGAUGAGAGCGUUGAGAUCUUCGUCACGGGCCGGAUCUGCCUCUUCGGGGAGCAUUCCGACUGGGCGGGAGGCUAUCGACGCUUUAACUCUGAAGUGGUGCCUGGCUGCGCGUUGGUGUGCGGCACCGAUCAAGGCCUCUAUGCCCGUGCCCGCAAGACGUCUGGGAACACUCGGGUACUGCGUUACACCUCCUCGGACGACCAGAGCAUCGAGCUGGACCUGGACGACACGACGAAUCUGCGGCAGGUGGCACAGUCCUCCUCCAUCUUCGCGUAUAUCGCUGGCUGCGUACUGGAGCUGGGCAAACAUUUUCGCGUCGGGGGAGCCGAAAUCGUGAACUACAAGUCCGAUCUGCCGAUCAAGAAGGGUUUAUCCUCCUCAGCUGCCAUCUGCGUGUUGAUCGUGCGGUCUCUGAACAUGCUCUACGACCUGAAACUCACCGUGCACGGCGAGAUGGACAUCGCCUACCGCGGUGAGAUUCAGACGCCUUCGCGCUGUGGACGGAUGGAUCAGUGCGUAGCCUUUGGCCGCGCGGUCACCAAGAUGACCUUCGACUCGGACCUGCUCUCCACGGAGUCAGUCCGAGCUGCCUCCAAUAUCUACAUGGUGGUGGUGGACCUAUGUUCCAAGAAGGAUACCAAAGAGAUCCUGAAGUGUUUGAAUGAGGCCUACCCCUUUCCCCGGCGCGACGUGGACAAAGCCUUGCACUCACUGCUUGGUGAAAUCAACCAAGAGAUGUGUCAAGAGGCGCAAGAGAUCCUGGGCGACCGGGACGAGCGCAAGGCCGCCGAACGCUUGGGCCAGGCCAUGUGCAAAGCGCAAGCGCGCUGGGAUGAGAUUGCCGUACCGCUAUGCCCCCAUGAGUUGAAGGCUCCAUCCUUACAUCGGCUCUUGGAAUUUCCAGCCCUUCAAAGACACAUCACUGGUGGCAAGGGCGUGGGUUCCCAGGGCGAUGGCAGCGCACAGUUGGUGUGCAAGUCUGAGGCGGACCAGGAGGAGGUCAUGAAGAUCGUGAAGUCCAUGGCCAUGGAACCCUUGAAGCUAACCAUCCCCAAGCAGAAGGCGGUGCGCACGGCCAUCGUUCCAGUGGCAGGUGCCUGCAGUGGCAUGUGGCCUGCGACAAAGUGCGUGGGCCCUUGGCUCUUCCCCGUGCGGAAGCAUCGCAUGGUGAAACCGGCCAUUGCAUGGUUAUGCGAAGAACUGGUCGAUGCAGGGAUUGAACGGAUCUUGUUGGUGGUGAAUCACACCACCGAAGUGGAGAUGACGAAACUCUUCAAACAACGUGAGGAGGUGUCCAUUCUUGAUGGUGUUGGGCAGCAUGCGGAAGGCUACGACGAGGUACUUCUUGCAAUAGGUGAGAAGAUCACUUUCGUCCGACAAGAGAAACCCUCCGGCAUUUCCGAUGCGCUGGUGCUUUGCGAACAGGAGGUGGACGGCGAGGCCUUCCUGCUGGCCUGGGGGGAUCACUUCUGCCGCUCCACCUCGCCGGAGAACCUGAGUUGUGUUGGGCAGCUCUUGCGAGCAUUCACUGGGCGCUCUGUAGUGGGUAUGCAUUGUGUGGACAAAGAUGGGCUUCAUGGUACAAGCGUCUAUGCUUGUAAGGAGCCCCCAACACCUUUGCCUCCACCCUUGGGUCCGCGGGACGUGACGGCAGCGGCGCCUGCGCUUUGGCCGCUCUCACGACUGGCAGAGAAACCUACGAGGGAGUUUGCGGAUGAGCAUUUGGUGACCCCUCAGCUGCCGGCAGGAAACUACUUGGCCUCCUUUGGGCACUACAUCCUGACCUUCAGCACCUUCCGAGCCUUACGGUCCAACAAGGGUGGGCACUUUACCCAUAUCUUGGAUGAGCUGCGGCUCUCGGAAGGAGUUGAUGGAGUGCUCAUUGAGGGUGAACGCUGGGACUUGGGAAACAUGCAGACCUACAUUCAGUGCUUGCAGGCACAAGCGCAGGACGAUCAAGCACCUUCCAAACGCUCAGGAAGCAGAUGA